AUGGUCCUAGAAGCAUAUCUAAAUUGUCAACUUUGUCAAAGUGGUCCUAAAAGCGGAUUCAAAUUGUCGACCUUUUCUGCAAACGGUCCUAAAAGCGGAUCCAUAUCUUCGACCCUGCCUCAGAAAGGUCUUAAAAGCGGAUCCAAAUUGUCGACCUUGUCUCAAAAAUGUCCUAAAAGCGGAUCCAAACUGUCGAGUUUAUCUAAAUAUGAUCCAAAUUGUCGACCAUGUCUAAAAAUGGUCUUGAAAGCGGAUCAAAGUUGGCGACCUUGUCUAAAAAAUGGUCCUGAAAGCGGAUCCAAAUUGGCGACGUUGUCUAAAAAUGGUCCUGAAAGCAGAUCAAAAUUGGCGACCUUGUCUCAAAAUGGUCCUAAAAGCAGAUCCAAAUUGUCGACCUUGUCUAAAAAUCGUCCUGAAAGAGGAUCCAAAUUGGCGACCUUGUCUAAAAAUGGUCCUGAAAGCGGAUCAAAAUUGGCGACGUUGUCUAAAAAUGGUCCUGAAAGCGGAUCAAAAUUGGCGACCUUGUCUCAAAAUGGUCCUAAAAGCAGAUCCAAAUUGUCGACCUUGUCUAAAAAUCGUCCUGAAAGAGGAUCAAAAUUGGCGACCUUGUCUAAAAAUGGUCCUGAAAGCGGAUCCAAAUUGGCGACCUUGUCUAAAAAUGGUCCUGAAAGCGGAUCCAAAUUGGCGACCUUGUCUAAAAAUGGUCCUGAAAGCGGAUCCAAAUUGGCGACCUUGUCUAAAAAUGGUCCUGAAAACGAAUCAGUAUUUGCGACCUUGUCUAAAAAUGGUCCUGAAAACGAAUCAGUAUUUGCGACCUUGUCUAAAAAUGGUCCUGAAAGCGGAUCAAAAUUGGCGACCUUCGGAUCAAAGUUGGCGACCUUGUCUAAAAAUGGUCCUGAAAACGAAUCAGUAUUUGCGACCUUGUCUAAAAAUGGUCCUGAAAGCGGAUCCAAAUUGGCGACCUUGUCUAAAAAUGGUCCUGAAAGCGGAUCAAAAUUGGCGACCUUGUCUAAAAAUGGUCCUGAAAGCGGAUCAAAAUUGGCGACCUUGUCUAAAAAUGGUCCUGAAAACGAAUCAGUAUUGGCGACCUUGUCUAAAAAUGGUCCUGAAAGCGGAUCAAAAUUGGCGACGUUGUCUAAAAAUGGUCCUGAAAGCGGAUCCAAAUUGGCGACCUUGUCUAAAAAUCGUCCUGAAAGAGGAUCAAAAUUGGCGACCUUGUCUAAAAAUGGUCCUGAAAGCGGAUCAAAAUUGACAACCUUGUCUAAAAAUUGUCCUCAAAGCGGAGCCAAAUUUGCGACCUUGUCUAAAAAUGGUCCUGCAAACGGAUGA